AACCCUCGCGACGAGCUCUCCCCGAAAGUUCGCGUGUUUCUCGAAAAGGCGGAAAAUGUUGGGUACGAUUUUGCCUGGGUGGACACCUGCUGUAUCGACAAGACGAGCAGUGCCGAGCUGUCUGAGGCCAUCAACUCCAUGUUCCAGUACUACUCACAUUCCGCCGUCUGCUACGUCUAUCUCAGUGACGUCCCAUCCAUCCCAUACGGAGAGAAGUUUCGGGAGAGCAAAUGGCAUCUUCGUGGAUGGACGCUUCAGGAGCUUCUCGCGUCCACUGUGGUGUUCUUCUUCUCCGACCAGUGGGAACUUCUCGGCAACAAGAACGACCUUGCUCAACUCCUGCAAGAAGCAACCGGGGUUCCAGUCUCUGUUCUACGCUCCGAGACUGAAAUCCAACACACGUCCAUCGCCGAGCGGUUGUCUUGGGCGUCAAGAAGGGAGACAACCAGGCCGGAAGACAUCGCGUACUGCCUGUUCGGGCUCUUUGGGAUCAACAUGCCGGCCCUCUACGGUGAGGGCGGUGAGAAGGCGUUCCAUCGGCUUCUGGAAGAGAUCAUGAAGACGUCGCGCGACGCCUCCAUCUUU